AGAUGCGGAUCACAUUAGGAUUGUUGACUUCUAAAAGUGCACGAUAGAUAAUUUUCUGAAAGUAACUCAUCCAUUCUUUCCAGAAUAGGAUUUUGUAGAAUGUCUAUAAAUUUGAUUCUAUUCGAAUAAAUGCUUCGAGGCGGAAUUCAAGCAUGCGUUCUUAUCGCUACAAGAUACCGGUUCAUGGUUAAUUAAUGGUGUUGAUAUAUGCCUGGACCUUUUGAACUGAAAGAGAAGCGGGAACAUAUUUUAAAGCAUUCAUGCCUGUAAAAACACAGACGCGUUUCUCAAUAAUCGCAACCUAAAUAUUUCUCCCGAACCUUACACCUGGCAUCGCAGCAUGCGGCGUCCAGCAGCGCUUCUCUUUGCUGUCACAUUCUGCUUACAAAUCCUAAAAGGCAGCGCGGGCAGUUUGCUAAAGUCUCUGGAGGUGCCACAGUUCACGUUCGUGUCAGGGACGGUAACCCUGCGCUGCGUCUACGACAUGGGCAGCAGUAAACUUUACUCCCUCAAAUGGUAUCACAACAACACCGAGUUCUACAGAUACGUGCCUACAGAGAGGAAUGGGCCCGUCAAUAUAGGACCAACUAAUAUAUUCACGCUACACGAGGUGUCGCGUGACGAUCGCCACGUGACGCUGUCGCUGAGCCGCGUGACGGCAGCGGCGACAGGCGCCUACAGGUGCGAGGUGCUGGCUGAGCAUCCUUCCUUCAGGACGGAGUCCAUGCAGUCCUACAUGACCGUCCUCAGCCACAGCCUCAGUCCGCCGCUCAUCAAAAGGGUGCGCGAAAUAUACGAGCCUUCCGAUCAGAUCACCGUCGGCUGUCAGCCGCAAAAAAUGGAGAAAGACGAGCCUAUGCCCAAAAUACUUUGGUUAAUAGACGGUAAACAGGCUCCUCCAGCACAACAAGAAAAAUACGGACGAUCACUAGACGGCAGCUACACUGGCGUCUCAUUGAAUAUACCCGGACAACAGGUGGUGGACGCGGGUGGCAGCGUCCUGGUCGAGUGUCGCCUGUCGCUGGGCGAGUUCGAGGAGCGCGCGUCCAAGACGAUCCGCGUGCGCAUGGAGCACAAGUCCUUAGCGAGCGCGCCUAACGCAGGGAGCGCAGUGGCGGUGUUGGGAACCUCAGCGCUGCUGGCCGCUCUGCUGCUGUCAGCGGCCCUCUGAGGCAGCGCCGCCCUCAGGAGAGGCUGAUGUUUCUACUGCCUUCACUCCAGCCUCAGUUAACACCUGGCCUCACGCUGGGGGAGUGCUGAUGUUUCUUUUGCCCUCACUCCAGCCUCAGUUAGCGCCUGGCCUCAGUCUGGGGGAGUGCUGAUGUUUCUAUUGCCCUCACUCCAGCCUCAGUUAACACUCGGCCUUACACUAGGAGACAUGAAGUGAUUAUUUUAUGAAGAUAAAGUGGAAUGUGUAGUGGCAAUCGUUGUAGAAGAGUAGAAAAAAGUGACCGUUGUAUGUGUUAAUUAGGGACGGAAAAUUUAUAUGAAAUGUUGAAAUUGCUUGAUCGAAUUUAAUUGUUGUCUGUCUAAACUGGUGUCAAUAUGGAACAGCGAUGAAAGUACAACGGGAUUGAAUUUUAGUGUAUGAAUUAUUGGUAAAUUUGAAUAUUUUAUGCUGGCUUGUGUUGAGUAUUUGGGGGUGAUUUCUAUUCCUUUUAGUUAAUAUAAAUAUCAAGAACGUGCCGAAAUUACUGCCACAUCAUUGCGAAAAGAAAAUAUUCAUAUUCCCGAGCAUAUUCAUCAUCUUAUGAGUGUCGUUGUAUUAUUAUCAUAAUUUUUUUAC